AUGUUCCGGACUGCACUUAAAAUGUGGCAGAAUGUGGUCAAGUAUACAACAAAACCGUUGCUGAGUCAAGGAGUGGAAGGAGAUGUAGCAAUGGCCAAGAAUUCACGUCGUGUAUUCAAUGGUUCAAGGAAGAAAGAGGAAGAGACACAUAUUGCGUUUGAAGACAAGAUCAAGUUAAUUACACCCGAUAAAGUCAUGUUGCAGACACUAUCCGUACCUUCAGUUCCAGUGGUGGCGCUUGCUAAUUGGGAAGCAGCACCGACCUUUGUCCUGGAUAAACAUUUGUGGCAGACUUUUCCAAAGGUGAGUACUGACAGAUUACUAAACAAAUGCAACCCGUUCUUGUCUGGAAAAGGCAGAGCACAGAGUGACGAUGAUAUUGCGUCUGAAACACCGACGGUCUCGACCGACUGCUCGGCAGUUCCUGACAAUGAUGUUGUUGAUGAUGGUCAGAAAGUGGGCAUUGUGAACGAAAACGUCAUCCAAGAGAAGACGUCUAUCAUUACACUAGAGCAACAAGUUUGUGGACCAAUGGUUGAGAAAGUGUCUACCCAGUGCAACGAGUCGAACGUGAUGGAAAUGAUGCGAAACUACAAGGCUCAGUGUAUACGACCAAGGAAGACACAAUCAUCUCGUUGGAUUUGUGUUGGUUAUGGUCGCUAUGUUAAACUCGCCGUAGUAUAG